AUGGGAAAGCUGAAUUUCCAAGAUCCUGUGCCUGCUGACAUUGAAAUUGCUCAGUCUGUGACUCCCACACCUAUCACGGAGAUUGCCAAACAGCUGAACAUCAGCCCUGCAGAUUUCGAGUCUCACGGGACCACCAAAGCAAAGGUGAAGCUAUCAGUGCUGGACAGUCUAAAGGAUGAUCCAAAUGGAAACUACGUGGUGGUUGCCGGCAUCACCCCCACACCUCUUGGAGAGGGAAAGUCUACUACAACGGUUGGAGUCUGCCAGGCUCUGGGCGCGUAUCUUGACAAGAAGGUCGUCACUUGCAUACGGCAGCCCAGCCAAGGGCCCACCUUCGGCAUCAAGGGUGGCGCAGCAGGAGGCGGCUACAGUCAGGUCAUCCCUAUGGAGGAGAUGAAUCUGCACCUGACAGGAGACAUCCACGCCAUCACUGCCGCCAACAACCUCUUGGCCGCCGCCAUUGACGCGCGGAUGUUCCACGAGAACACCCAGAGCGACGCUGCGCUGUUCAACAGGCUCUGUCCUGCGGGCAAGGGCGGGGCGAGGAGCUUUGCGCCGGUUAUGCACAAGCGCCUCAAGAAGCUGGGCAUCACAGAGACAGACCCCGACAAGCUCUCCACCGAGGAGCGCUCCAAGUUUGCGCGGCUGGACAUAGACCCGGAGACCAUAACGUGGAGGAGGGUGCUGGACACCAAUGACCGCUUCCUGCGCACCAUCACCGUCGGCCAGGCCGCCACCGAGAAGGGCAUGACCCGGACAACGGGCUUCGACAUCACGGUUUCGUCUGAGAUAAUGGCGGUGCUGGCGCUGACCACGUCCCUGCCGGACAUGCGCGAGCGGCUGGGCAACAUGGUCAUCGGCAACAGCAAAGCCGGCGAGCCGGUGACGGCGGAUGACCUGGGGAUGGGGGGAGCAUUGGUGGUGCUGAUGCGCGACGCGCUCAACCCGACGCUGAUGCAGACGCUGGAGGAGACGCCCGUGCUGGUGCACGCGGGGCCCUUCGCCAACAUCGCCCACGGCAACUCCUCCAUUGUCGCCGACCAGAUUGGCCUCAAACUUGUCGGGCCCGACGGCUUCGUCGUCACCGAGGCCGGUUUUGGCGCGGACAUCGGCAUGGAGAAGUUCAUGAACAUCAAGUGCCGCUACAGCGGCCUCACGCCCAACUGCGCCGUCAUCGUUGCCACCGUGCGGGCGUUGAAGAUGCAUGGAGGUGGCCCUCCGGUCACAGCAGGCAAGCCACUGGACCAGACGUACCGCAGCGAGAACGCGGAGCUGGUGAAGGCCGGCUGCUGCAACCUGGCGCGCCACAUCGCCAACGCGCGCGCAUAUGGCGUCCCAGUGGUUGUGGCUAUCAACAAAUUCGCCACCGACACUCCCGCCGAACUUGACGCCGUGCGCACCGCAGCGCUGGACGCAGGCGCAUUUGACGCGGUGGUGUGCUGGCACCAUGCGCGGGGCGGCGAGGGAGCCAAGGACCUGGGAGAGGCUGUCAUCAAGGCCUGCCAGCAGCCAACGCAAUUCGAGUUCCUGUACCCACUGGACAUCUCCAUCAAGGAGAAGAUAGAGACGAUAGCAAAGGAGACAUAUGGGGCGGCGAGCGUGGAGUACCUACCUCAGGCUGAGAAGCAGAUAGAGCUGUACACGCGCAUGGGCUUUGCCGGUCUGCCCAUCUGCAUGGCCAAGACACAGUACUCCUUCUCAGCCGACGCUUCCGCCAAGGGCGCGCCGUCGGGCUUUGUGCUGCCAAUCCGGGACGUGCGCGCGAGCGUGGGGGCCGGUUUCCUCAUCCCCCUGGUGGGCGACAUGAUGAUGAUGCCCGGCCUCCCCACUCGGCCCUGCUUCUACGACAUUGACAUUGACCCAGUCUCCGGCCGCAUCGUCGGCCUGUCCUGAGCCGCCUCCCCUGUUUCUGAGGCUUCUGACUGUCCAGGGGACUGGGGAGUUGAAUUCCUUGCCAACCUGGCAUCGCAUCCCUUGCUUCUGAGGUGUUUGGGUCUCAAGGAGACUGGGAUCUGACCCCUUCGCCUUUCCGGGCAUCGCCUCUCCUGCUUCAGAGGUAUUUGACUCUCAGGGGAGCUGAGGUCUGGGCGCCUCUCCAAAUUGGCAAAAGGGGGUGGGUAUUGAUUGCCUGACCGCCGGGCCUCUCAAGCGGCACCUGUCGUUGCAUGCUCAGCUGGCUAUGCAACUGAAUGCAAGUUAAGUUGCUUUGGGAACACUCCUACGUGCAAAUCGGUGUGCGGAUACUUGACAUACGUGCAGAGGAGAGAACGGUGUGCUCAAGCUUCUGGAGGCUUUAGAUGGAUGAGGCUAUUGACAGGAGAGUAGCUGUCACGUGAAGGAGAAGUUUUCUCGAGUCGAGCAAGCUUCACACUCGGAGUGUGAAGGACAGUGCAUUGGAGUUCUGGCAAAUGGACUCAGCUUUCACUUGUGCUGCCAGCACUGCAGUGUAAUAGGCUGCAAAUUUGUUGAGUCACUGUGUCGGCAUGCCUUGUUGAGCAUCAUGCCUGCACAUGCACCAUGAUGGCGCGGUUGUACAUGAUCACGCAGUAUGUCGGCAUGCCGGUGGCCUGUGCACUGCGGGGCUGUGACAGCUGAACGGCUCUGCAGCUGUGUACAGAUGUAAUUUCUAUCUGUC